AUGAACAUUGUAAAGUAUAAAUCUAUCCAGAAGUGUCUUGAUAACAUUUAUUCUCUACUUUACAGUGAAUUAAAGAGAGUAUCUCAGGAGUACGAAAAUAUAAAGAAUAGAACAGUACCUAUACAGUUGAUUAUCAAUGAUUUUAUGGGCAGAAGUGAUAUAAUAUCACUCAUUGACAUCGUUCUCAACCAAUUGGGGUUUAAGGCCAUAAUGAUAUUGCCAUUGUCACUCUGCUUGAGCUUUCAUCUAAAUCAGAACUACUGUUCAUUUAUUUACAAAACCGGGUUUUCAUUUGUGGAUGACUUUUUGUCUUAUUGA